CCCAAAUUUUCUCACUUUGAUUCUCUCCUUUUGUUGUUUAGCAACAGCAAUCAAUUCCACUCCACUCCACCGCACUUCAUCUUCAUCUUCAUCCCUCACAAAAUCAAUGGCUUCGCUUUCUCUCUCCUCCACUCUCUCUCCUCACUUCCUCCCUCAAACCCCAUCUUCUUCUUCCCCCAGAUUCCGCCAUUUUCUCUCCAAAACCCCUUUUUUCAAACCCAUUUCUUCUUCUUCUUCCCUUCGGGCCCACUCAUCCCUUCAAUUACACCCACCAACCCUAAAUUCUCCAUCUUCCAACCCCUUCAAUCUUGGGCUCGAUGAUAUUGGGCUGGGCCCCAUCAUGGGUUCGGCCCAACAGACGCCGGAGACCGCCAUGAGAGGUGCUGAAGCUGAUGUAAUGGGGUUGCUUUUGAAAGAGAGGAUUGUGUUUCUGGGUAGUCAAAUUGAUGAUUUUGUUGCUGAUUCUAUUAUUAGUCAAUUGCUUUUGUUGGAUGCUCAAGAUCAUACUAAGGAUAUUCGCCUUUUCGUCAAUUCUCCUGGUGGUUCUCUUAGUGCGACGAUGGCCAUCUUUGAUGUUGUGAGGCUUGUGCGGGCUGAUGUGUCAACACUUGCUCUUGGAAUUGCUGCAUCAACAGCUUCAAUUAUUCUUGGUGCUGGGGCCAAAGGGAAACGUCUUGCAAUGCCCAAUGCUAGAAUAAUGGUUCAUCAACCUCUUGGAGGGGCUAGUGGGCAAGCUAUUGAUGUUGAAAUUCAAGCCCGAGAAAUUAUGCAUAACAAGAAUAAUAUUACUAGAAUUAUUUCUGAGUUCACUGGGCGGCCUGUUGAACAAGUAGAAAAAGACAUUGAUAGGGAUCGCUAUAUGUCUCCUAUUGAAGCAGUUGAAUAUGGGCUUAUCGAUGGGGUUGUUGAUAAAGACAGCAUUAUUCCACUUGAACCUGUUCCAGAGAAGGUGAAAUCCAAUUUCAACUAUAUGGAGAUUAGUAAAGAUCCUAAAAAAUUCUUGACACCAGAAAUUCCUGAUGAUGAGAUAUACUAGCUGGGGACAUUCCAGGUGUGGCAUUCAUGAAGAAGGCUUGGUUUGACAUACUCUCAGUGCAGUUUACUCCACAGAUCUCUACUGCAGCAGAAAUUGGAUAGCAAGUGAUAAUGCUGCUUUUUAGUUGAUUGAGGAAGCUUCAGUUGUACAAGUUUAUAACAUACUCUGGACUCGUCUUUUCUCUUGCUUAAUACUUAUGAGAUGAGUUGCUGCACUAUACAGUUGGUUUCAGUUAGUGCAUAGUUGUUUAGAAUGGAAUUUUGUCUAUUUUGACGGAGUUGAUAAAUCAAAAUACUAGUAUUAUGUAAAAUUGCUAGAGAUGGUGCCAUUCUUCGAAAGCUUGGUGGGAAUUCAAAUUAGUAGUGUCCUAUUGAAAUUACUUCAGGGAUGCUAGUGUUAAGUGUUUACGUUCAUUUCAUGAAAUUUGCAAGAUUUGAAGCAUUUGCACAGAAAUGCUAUUAAACUGACAAUUAAGACUUGGCAAUUGAUUGCCUUUACUUAAGAUGUUAUUGAAGUCUUGAUUUAUCUCACAAA